AUGCCAGUUAUCGGUGCACCAAAAGGCCAUGACCGUUACAGAGACCCUGUCACCCACCAGAUGACGCCGGCUCUUUACAGAGUGAGAAAACCCUACUUCUGGAAGAACCUCUUUGCCUUGGGCAUCGUGGGUGCUAUUCCUUUGGGCGUCUACGCUUACACGUGGAGGGUUCUCAACCAGGAUGACUUCGCUGAUAUUCCUAUCCCACCGAUCUCGGACGAGGAGUUGGCCAAGUUGAAGAAAGAGUACGAGCUGAAGUGA